UCCGCCGUGAGCUUCUUCCUGAUCUCCAAUCUUAAUGAGAAGGUGGUAGUGGUUUGAUUAUGGAGAAAGAUAGUCCGAGGUUUGUAUCGUUUCGCACGCACCGACGAGGCGAAAGGAGUAGUCUAAGCGUGCUUAGUAAAGAUGUUGAAGGUGGAACUUUUCUGGGAAAGGCACACCCAGAUUCUGCAAUCAAGAUUGUUUGCAAGAAGGGUGUUAUUCGGUUGAUACUUGUUGGUGUCAUCUUGUGGGUGGUAUUGAUUCUCCUCGCAACUUUGUUCCAUAUCUGGUCAUGCCACUCUUCUAUCUCAUUGUUAUCAGCUAUGUGUAACAAAGAUAGCACAGUAUUGGACAUGUUACGCAAUAUGGGUUUUGUAGCAAAACCACAACUCCAACACCGCUGUCCAAUUCCCGUUGUCAAUGACCCUAAUAAGAUAGUAAUUCCAGAGGGAAGAACACCUGAUAAGAUCGUCAAAAAGCUAACCUAUGUCAUGGAGAAUGAGGUGAUAGAUGGCAAAACUUCUUCAUCCCCACUAUUUGGAGGAAAUGAAAGCUGGUCACAGAGAGAAGACAGUUUUAAACUAAAACCAACAAUGAAGGUGCACUGUGGUUUCAUUCGAAAUGGUGGUGGUGACAUGCUCCCUGAAGACAUUGAAUAUGCUGAGAAAUGUAGGUUUGUGGUGGCAUCAGGCAUUUUUGAUGGUUAUGAUAUACCCCAUCAACCUUCAAAUUUGAGCCCCCGUUCGAAGAAGCUCUUCUGUUUUCUCAUGGUGGUGGAUGAGACAUCCUUUGAAUUUAUAAAUGGAAAUGUUACAGUAAGAGAGGAUAAUAGUGGUGGAAAAUGGGUUGGCAUCUGGCGUCUGAUUUUAUUGAAGCAUCCACCUUAUGAUGAACCAAGAAGGAAUGGAAAAGUCCCGAAGAUCUUAACCCACCGCUUAUUCCCUAAGGCACAGUACAGCAUUUGGAUUGAUGGGAAAAUGGAGCUCAUGGUUGAUCCAUUGCUUAUUCUAGAAAGAUAUUUAUGGCGGGACAAGAAUACAUUUGCCAUCUCUCAGCACAAGCAUCAUCGCAACAUAUAUGAGGAGGCAGAUUCAAAUAAGCGGAGGAAACGAUAUGCCCGACCUCUUAUUGAUCUUCACAUGAAGAUUUACAGAUAUGAGGGCUUGGAGCCAUGGAGUCCGCAGAAGAAAACUAUUAGUGAUGUGCCAGAGGGAGCUAUUAUCAUACGGGAGCAUACUGCAAUGAGUAACUUGUUUAGCUGCUUGUGGUUCAAUGAGGUCGACCUCUUCACACCAAGGGACCAACUGAGUUUUGGUUAUGUUCUGUACAGGUUAGGGGAUUCGUUUAAGUUCUUUAUGUUUCCAAACUGCGAGUACAAUUCACUGUUUAUUUUGCAUCCACACAUAAGGGAGCAUUCCUCUCGCAUAGAGUGGGUAACUAGUUGGAGUCAGCUUAAGGGUAAGGGAACCAUUAAGGAUAGGGGUAAAGAUUGGGACCAAGCUAAUGCGAAAAAUGGUUUGGUAGAGAGUAGGGGAGGGUUAGGGUUGUGGACCCCUUAUCCUGCAAAUCUUGAUUCAGUUGUCCUGCCGAAGGUAGAAAGAACAUCAAAAGCAGGCUGAGCUACAAUUGAAUUCAUUUGGUCGUUGUAAUGAAUUUUCGAAUCCUCUUUUCUUUAUCUCAUUCAUCUCAGAGGUGCCUCAUACAGUGUAUAAAUGGAAGAAGUAGAAGACACGUACUUUUGGCCUUUCGAAUUUCUGGGACGAGAUAACUAACAAGGAGAGGAGUCUGUGUCCUUUUCCUUGUCACCAAGAUCCAGAAGUGAAAGCAGAAUGAUCUGGAUAACAUUUGUUUGACAUCUGUUUCAGUAUGGAAAGUAGAGAUCGAGUAGUCAAUUCUAUAUCAUGGUAAAUGUUUAGUCUCUGUUCAACCUGUAUGGCAGAAAGAGAAUGAAAAUCAGACUCCACUGUAUUACUGUUCUAUGUAACAUGAGAAUUGAGAAUCAUGAGCUUGCUUGCUGUUUUGUACUGAUUUUAGUAUGCAAGAACCCAAAAAAAUGUGUGUGUGUGUGGUUAACCACGCUGUUAAAAAGCU